CUGGCGCUCAGUUUGGACGCGGAAACAGUGAGGCGAACACAUGGGUUACGUAGCGGCAAUCCUCUUGGCUGUCUUCGCAGCGGCCAAUGCCCAGAACAACUGCCCCAACAUUGUGGCGCGGCGAGGCUGGGGAGCACGUCCGGCGAAGCAAGUGGAGUACAUCAUCAAGCCAGUGCAGUAUGUCGUCAUCCAGCACACCGUCUCGCCCAUCUGCACCUCCAUGAACGCCUGCGCCGAGCGCGUGCGCAGCAUCCAGGCGCAGCACAUGACCAACCUCAAGUUCGAGGACAUCGGCUACUCGUUCCUGGUGGGAGGCGACGGCAACGUGUACGAGGGGCGAGGCUGGCACAAGCAGGGCGCGCACACGCGCGGCUACAACAAGAACUCCAUCGGCAUCGCCGUCAUCGGCGACUUCACAGAUACUUUACCACCACGGGCACAACUGGAGGCACUGAAGAAGCUGCUGGAGUGUGGCGUGCAGUUGGGAGAGCUGUCAGAGGACUACAAGCUGUUGGCAGCACGCCAGGUAGUGGCCACACAGAGUCCUGGAUUGGCCCUCUACCAGGAACUGCAGACAUGGCCUGCCUGGGUUGAGCAGCCCUGAAGCUGAAGCUGCUGGAUUGACUUUGAUUCCAUCUAUCUCAGUGCCACACCUGUAUAUGAUGUUUCCAAUACAUCUGCUGAAUGAAAGUUUUACUGAUUAUUGGCGAAUCUGACAUCUUAUAAUCCACCUCAAGGAGAAGUUUUUCUCCACUUGGUACAAAAAGCUUUGAGUGAUAUGUUACUUUAUUAUCUGAGAAACACAAAUUAGAUGAAAUUUGUUACUCUGAGGAUAUGGAGUUUGGUAUGAAAGAUAAAAAAUUGUAAAUUAUUAAUAAUUCUUCCUCUUCCCCCCCCCC